CAUUUUUAAAUUCAGUUUUCCUUUUUCUUUUCCUUCCAUAACAAUUAAUCCCGGUUUUCAUAAUUCCGAAAAAAAAAAAAUUUCCCUGCCCUCGCAGCUAUUUAAACCCCCCCCCGGCCGUUCUCCCCAACCCAUUCCCAGAAUAAACAGAGCUUUUUUCCCAGUUCAAACCCCCACUGCCCCCCGGAAAAAGGAAACCACCAUGAUUGCCUACUUGGAACGAGUUUCAAUACCAGAACCAAACAACAAUGAAGACGACGACGUCUCACUCCUCCGGAACAGUUUAGAAGACUUGCAACUCCAGGGCAGCAUCGACUACGGCCCUACUGGCUCAGCCAGCAAAGAUUUUGGCGGCAUGCAGAUAACGAAGCCGUUAGCAGUUAUAAGACCCGCCGGCGCCGAAGAUAUUGCUAAGGUCAUCAAGCUGGCGUCACGCUUACCCAAUUUAACGGUGGCCGCCAGAGGCAACGGCCAUUCCAUUAACGGCCAAGCCAUGGCGGACAGAGGCCUCGUUAUCGACAUGAAAUCAAUGGAGAGCUAUAACAAAAUUGAGGUCCGCCGCCACCCUCCGUGUGCUGACGUGGGCGGUGGGGCAUUGUGGGCUGACGUCUUGAAAUGCUGCGUUCCCUUCGGGUUGGCUCCCCGGUCCUGGACUGACUAUCUUGAUUUAACGGUGGGGGGAACGCUGUCCAACGCCGGCGUCAGUGGCCAGGCUUUCCGGUAUGGGCCUCAAACCGAAAACGUAACGGAAUUGGAGGUCGUUACAGGCAAAGGUGAAAUUGUAACGUGUACCAGAAAUGAAAAUUCGCAGCUUUUCUUCAGCGUUCUCGGCGGACUUGGCCAGUUUGGUAUUAUCACCAGAGCUCGGGUUUUACUCCAGCCCUCUCCACAAAUGGUUAGAUGGAUAAGGGUGGUGUACAGCGAGUUUAGCGAGUUCACUCGGGACGCUGAGUUGCUGGUGAGUCAGGAGGAGGGGGGUGAAUCGUUCGACUACGUGGAAGGGUUUGUAUUCGUGAACAGUGAUGACCCGGUCAACGGGUGGGCAUCUGUACAGUUGGAUCCGAACCACCCGUUUGACCCCGCCGGUAUCCCAACCUCCGCUGGCCCGGUGCUCUAUUGCCUUGAACUUGUCUUGCAUCAUCGGGAAAAUGACCGUCCCUCCUCUGUUAAUUUGGUGGUGGAUAGAUUGCUUGGACAGCUGAGAUUCUGCAAGAAAUUGAGGUUCGAAGUGGACCUGAAAUACGUGGAGUUUCUGUCUCGUGUCAAGGUUGCAGAGCAGCAGGCUAAGGCCAAUGGCAUUUGGGACGCCCCUCAUCCCUGGCUCAACCUCUUUGUCUCCAAAAGGGACAUUGCCGAUUUUGAUCGUUUGGUCUUUAACACCAUUUUGCAGCACGGAAUUGGUGGCCCAAUCUUGGUCUAUCCUCUCCUCCGCUCCAAGUGGGAUAGCCGUGCUUCUGUUGUAUUGCCUGAAGGAGAUAUCUUCUAUUUAGUGGCAUUGCUACGUUUUAGUCCUCCCUAUCCAAAAGGACCACCUGCAGAAGAUUUGGUUGCCCAGAACCGUAGAAUCCUCCACUGUUGUACCAGAAAUGGAUUGGACUUCAAGCUGUAUCUCCCUCAUUACAAGUCCCAAGACGAGUGGGAGCAACAUUUUGGAGAUCAAUGGACUAGAUUCAAGGACAGAAAAGCCUGUUUCGAUCCCCUGGCAAUACUUGCUCCUGGACAGAAGAUUUUCCCCAGGAAUCAUCAUCAUCAUCAUCAUCAGUCCUAGUGGUGGGAUGAUUGAUUUUCAUCACCAACCUAUAUACCAUUACCAGCCCUUCAUUUGUUGUUUUCUGAUUCUUCUUCGGUUUACCAGUUUUGCUUUCGAUUUCAUUUGUUCAUUGCUAUUGAUUAAGAUGUAGUCGUCAUCAUUAAUGUAAAUGAAUAUUUUCAGAAAGAAAAGGUAUCGCAAGUGUUACCUUCUCAAUAAUUUUCCAAAAUCUGAA